AUGAUCGUGUGGAGACAGCGAUGUUUCCUGCUGUUGGGCUUCGUGUCUGGUGGUAGCUCAACUGGGAACCAGCCGCCCGCGUUUCGGGACCUAGCCCCGAAGAUAUAUGGAGCGAGGCAACAUCACCAGGCCCCGGAGCAUGUCGUUGGUGGCAUCAGGGGCGGCGGAACCUCACGGGCACAGGAGAGCACGGCGACGGCCGGGAUAGGCGUUGUCGAAGACUCCUGUUCUCCUGGUGGCAAUGCAGAUCUGUGGUCGAGAGAAGCAGGAGCGGAGCCUUCUGAGCGGGUGCUCAUCCUCGACGUUGACGGCACGCUGUACGGCCAAAGCAGCGGGGUCGAGCAGCAGGUACUUCGCUGGAGAGCUCGGGCUUACCCCGGAGGAGUGCAACGACAUCCACCGGAGGUGUUCUCGUCGGUCAGCGUCCGGGGCCUGAGCGCCGGCGAUAGCGGCGACGGGGAUGCCACGGGCUACCAGCACCGUGCCAACGCCCGGCAGAUAGUCUCCUCGCACCGCGGACCCGUUUUCGUCGCGUCCAACUCGCCCCUCCCCCAUGUGCGCCGCGUCCUUGAAGGAGUGGGUCUCGGCAAUGUUCGCUUUGCGGGUUUUCUCACACCGGACACGAGGGGAUGGUUGACCAAGUCGUCCCCGGAGUUCUACGACCCGAUCCUGCAGCACGCUAGUGUUAAGGAAGGGGGCACGGCACGGCAAGACAUCUGGCUGCUCGACGACAGCGCUGUCAAUCUCGAGGUCGCCUCUCGGCUCGGGUUUGGCACGUUGCUUGUCAAUGGCGACGCUAGCAGCGGGGGGCAGGGUGCUGGAAACGGCGCCCUGUCGCUGGAGCGUGCUCUGGCUUGUUUUGUCGGAGCUAUUCCGCACCCGAGGGACUGGCAGUUCUCCGAUUCGAAGUACCUCCGGAGCAAGAACGCCGUGGACAGGGUCUCCAGAAGCAAGGAAGUCUGGGUCCGGCUAGAAGAAGAGGUUCUCGCGCUAGGUCUCGGGGAGGGAGACACGCUGCGCGUGGCCGACCUCGGGUGCGGCCUGCUUCCCCUCCUGCGGGAGUUCCGGUCCCUCGCCAGGGCGUGCGGGGUCCGGAGACUGGAGUACUGCGGGCUGGAGAAGGAGGAGAGCGUAGCCAAGGAGGCUUGUGAGGGCCUGCUGGGCCUACCAGAGACCACGGUCUGCGUCAUCCCCGCCGACUUCACCUCCGUCGACCUCGCCGCGCUCUUCCCCCGGGACACCGCCUCCAAGGACAUAGCAAACCCCGAUGAAAUCACCCCAGCUAGCCGCCCCCACGUCCUAGUCGGCUGCUGCCUGGCGGACCUGCUCGCUCCGACCGACCUUGUGGGAGCCUUGGAGAGGCUUGCGGGCGGUAGCAGCAGCGGUGAUGGUGGCUGUCUGGUGUACCUGCCGAUAACGUUCGCCGGGAAGACAAGGAUGAUUCCCUCCGCGCCACAGGAGGGGUUCGUGCCCAGCGACGAAGCGGUUCUUGAAGCAUACGAUACCUGCCUCAGGGAGGAGCAGGGGCACUUCACAUGCCUCGACACCCUCCUGCAGACCAUCGAAGAGCACGGAGGGGACGUGAUGAUCUCGUCCCCGUCCCCGUGGCGUGUUUCCCCCAGCGGCGACGAUGACGACGCUGCUGCCGACUCGGAGGCGUUGCUGGGGAGGGAAACGGGGACGGUGUCGUCGAGAGGGGCCGACCUCCCGGGGUGGGUGCGUCGGGCGAGGGCGCGGGCCCCCGUGCUGGAGGCGGAAAACGCCGACCUGCUCUUCAGGUUGCGAGGAGGUGGAGGAGGAGGAAGGAGAGGAAGGGGUUGGAUAGGUGGUGGCGGGGGGUUGGAAGACCGCGCGGCACGACGGCGGAGCCAACGGAGCGCGACGUCGGAAGGUAUCGGCGCGGCUCUCGCCGUGUCCUGGUCCGGAGGGGGGCUCGAAGGAGCGCCCCCCCCGGCGGCGGCAGGGAGUGAUAGUGCGGGGACCCCUGAUCCUGAAGACGCCGCUGAUGCCGUGGUGCGGACCAAUGCCUUUUUGGAGUUCGUUGCCCCCGGCAAGGUGGAGGUUCGGCACGAGGAGCUUGACGAGGAGAGGGCGGUGGGAGAAGGGCAGGUUUUGGUGGAGGCGGUUUGCUCGUCCAUUAGUUCGGGGACGGAGCUGAAGGUGUUCCGGGGAGACUUUGACUCGGACUCGGAGCUAGACACCACCAUCAAGGGCAUGGCCGGCGAAAGCAUGUCCUACCCGCUCAAGUACGGCUACAGCUUGGUCGGCCGGGUGUCGAAGUGCGGCGGAGGGGUGGACCCGGACAAGUUUCUGGGGAAGCUCGUGUUCGCCUUCAGCCCGCACUCGGCCAGGGUGGUGGCCGACGCCGACGGGGUCAUGCUUGUCCCGGAGGGAAUCGAUCCCGAGGACGCGGUGUACCUACCCGCUGUGGAGACGGCGCUGUCGCUAGUGCACGACGUGCAUCCCAGGGUCGGGGAGAGCGUGGCAGUCUUCGGCCAGGGGAUGAUUGGGUUGUUGGCCGUCGCCAUCCUGGCGAGGACGCACGCGGGGGUUGGCGGGGGCUCCGUGGUCGCCGUCGACAUGCUUCCGGACAGGCUCAGGGUGGCCGAAAGACUCGGGGCUACGGCGACGGUUACGCCGGUCGAUGCGGCGAAAUCGGCGCCAUUUGACGUUUCCCUCGAGGUCACCGGCAACCCUCGGGGCCUUCAGUCCGCGCUAGACCUGACCGGGUACGGGGGUCGAGUUGUCCUGGGAUCAUGGUACGGCGGCGGAGCGGCGCAGCUCAACCUCGGCAUGGCGUUCCACCGCAGCCAUCUCACGAUACAGACGUCUCAGGUGAGCAGGCUCCCGGCGGGGCUUACGGACCGCUGGGACAAGGACCGCCGGUUCUUGGCGGCGUGGUCUCUCGUGCGAGAGCUGCGGCCCUCCGUGUUCCUAACGACCUCGUCGCCUCCACUGGACGGGGCCCAGGAGGCCUACGAGUCGCUCGGAGCGGGGAGCGAGCUUGGCGUAGUGUUCCGAUACUGA